CUCUGGCGCUCACGAUCAAAACAAGUCCCCAUGCAGCUAACUAAAGUUAAGAAUAAACAGAAAUUAUUUGGUCAUAUCAGGACUUUGGAAAACGAAAUCCAGCUCAGAAAUUACUCGUCCAGUACGAGAACAUUUGGUCAAAUGUUUUUUGUUUUUUAACUAAAUGCUGAUGGGACGAAAUAACGGCCUAAAAUACGUUGUCGUGCUAACUAGCUAGCUACCGUUUGCUGUGAUGGCAGCAUCCACUCCCCCACCGAUCUCUGCUUCUGAGUUAAGCCAAAAGCAACGCAGAGCUGCUCAGAGGAAAGAGAGAAGAAAACGGAAACGCCAAGCUCUCGCCCAAGCCAGAGACUGUGGUUUAAAAAAUGAAGCUGGCUAUACACCUGAAGAAGAAGAAAUAAAUGAUGAAGAUGAUGAGGAAAACCGUAUUGCUGAGCAGGAAAGACUGCGGCUACAUGAAGAGUGGUUGGAAAGAGAGAGACUUGCUCAGGAGGAAUUCAGGCUGAGGUCUGAGAGGGAAGAAGCUGCAAGGAAAAGAAAAGAGGAGGAGGAGAGGAUGAUAAAGGAGGAAUGGGAGGCCCAGCAGAGGAGAGAACAAGAAGAAAGAGAGAAGAAGCAGCAGGAGAAACGAGACAGAGAGGAGGCUGUUGAGAAAAUGUUGGAUGAAGUUGAAAAUCAGCUGGCUAAUGGAGGACCGUGGAUGAAUCCUGAGGCUCCGGUGACAGAAAAAUCAGAGAACUUUGGGACAGAGCGUGAUUUAGAUAACUGUCCGUUCUUCCUUAAGACGGGAGCAUGUCGAUUUGGAGACAGAUGUUCUCGGAAGCACAUUUAUCCCACAGCCAGUCCGACUCUGAUGAUCCGCAGUAUGUUUACGACGUUUGGCAUGGAGGAGUCACGCCGUGAUGAUUACGACGUUGAUGCCUGUUUGGAACACAGCGAGGAGGAUCUGCAAGAGUCUUUCCUCGAGUUCUACCACGAUGUCCUGCCAGAGUUUAAGAGUGUCGGCAAGGUGGUUCAGUUCAAGGUUAGCUGCAAUUACGAACCACACCUGAGAGGAAAUGUUUACAUUCAGUUUGACACAGAGGAGCAGUGUAAAGAAGCCUUCAUCAAGUUCAAUGGGAGGUGGUAUGCAGGCCGGCAGCUUCACUGUGAGAUAUGUCCUGUUACACGGUGGAAGAAUGCUAUAUGUGGAUUGUUUGACAGACAGAAGUGCCACAAAGGGAAGCACUGUAACUUCCUUCAUGUAUUUCGAAACCCUGGCAAUGAAUUCUGGGAGGCCGACAGGGAUCUGCACAUGUCACCAGACCGCAGCGUCAGGGGAAGUCGCAGAGACGGGUGGCAAUCAGAGCGAUAUGGAGACCGGUCGCGCAGGCAGCGUCACUGCAGCAGAAGCCCACCAAGAUCUGAGAGAUCUCACAGCAGACGAGACGACAGCAGGCGGAGGAGCAGGAGUCGAGAGAGGAGGUCCUCCCACCAGGACAAAGAGGACAAAUGGUCCAGAUCCAGACACAGUGAAAGGAGGAAAGACUGGUAUCUGAGCAGGAGUAGAGACAGAUCAAGGAGUAGAAGUAGAGAUAGAGAGCAAGACAGGCUGAGAAACAGGGAUAAAGACAGGGAGCACAAGUGUAGGAAUAGAAGUGAAGAGAGAGACAGUAGAGACAAAGAUGAAGACACUCAUAGAGAAGCGAGAGAAAGAUCAAGAGGCUCAAGCACUGAGAGGGUAAGAAACAAGCAAAGCAGAGAAAGGAGCCCCAAGAAACCAGAUAAAAGUAAGAAAACACCUAAUGGUGAUACCAAAACACAUCGUCACCACAAACACUCAAAAAAGAGUAAGAAGAAGAGCAAGAAGAAGCAUAAGAAGAAAAGCCAUUUGCCUGAAGGGACGACUUCUUCAGGAGAGUCAGAAAAGGAGAAGGAGUCAGAUGAGGAGACAGAGAACCAUUCUGUAAUGAGUCCCUGUGGAGAGGUAAAUGAAGCAGAGCUAAUUCUGAAAAACAGUGACGUAGAUGACAGCACUGUUACUGAGAAGCUUAGUCCUAAGAUAAAAAGUGAACAGCCUAACACAGAAAUACCAAUGAGUCUGCUAGAAACAGUGACAUGAGCACCUUUUAGUGGCUUCCUCAUUUUGAUCUCUUUUCUCCUUUGAGCUCUGUGAAUGUAUAAGGAGGAAUAAAUAUUUUUUUGAAUAGUGAUACACUAAGUUAGCACCCAUCACCAGUAUGUGCAUAUGUAAAUAUUUUGCUUUGGGAAAACGUCGCUUUAUCUGGUCCUGUGGCACUAUGUGAUUAUUGUUUCGGAGUAAAAACAAUAGAAAACAAAAGAUCAGCACCUGGGUUUUCUUUUUUGAAUACAUUUAUUGUUAAUAACUUUCAAAUAUAAGAAAAAAAAUGUUGGCAAAUGUGUUGGCAGUGUUUAAUAGAAAAGUAAGUGAAUAUCUUUUGUACAAAUCAAAGAUGAACUUUUUUCAUAGUUGAUUAUGAAUGUUCAACAAAAAUACCUUGUGGUUUUGAGAGUGCAGAUAAAAAAAAAGCUGGACUGCCAUUUGGUUUGGGAUUUGUAUCUGUUCAUAGUUUGCUGACUCGUUUUCCUGCAUCUUACUGACAAGUGAACAAGCUAACAGAUGAAUUACUGAUGUACCCUGAUAUGUACAGUUCAUCUUCCUAUGUUCCUACUCCACAAAGAAACUCAAGGUAAACCUGUCUUUAAAUGGACUUUAAUACAUACAUAAUACUGGUAUAUAAUAUAUAUAUUGUGGCCAAAUAUUCCCCACAUACU